GAGCACCCUCAAUUGAUUAACGCGCUCUCGCGUGUUUAUUUAUUUUUUUUAAAUAAUUUCAUCAGGUUUUUUCUCUCAAAGUUUUUCAACGAUAAAUUAUGGCUGCCGGUCCGAUUGCUGAACGUAAUCAGGAUGCUACAAUCUAUGUCGGCGGUCUUGAUGAAAAAGUUAAUGAAAGUAUUUUAUGGGAAUUAUUUGUACAAGCUGGUCCUGUCGUCAAUGUUCAUAUGCCUAAAGAUCGAGUGACCAAUCUACAUCAAGGCUAUGGUUUCGUUGAAUUUAUGUGCGAAGAAGAUGCCGAUUAUGGAAUCAAAAUUAUGAACAUGAUUAAACUUUAUGGUAAACCGAUUCGUGUGAAUAAAGCAUCGGCACAUCAGAAAAAUUUGGAUGUUGGUGCAAAUGUUUUCAUCGGUAAUCUUGAUCCAGAAGUGGAUGAAAAACUUUUAUACGAUACUUUCUCUGCUUUUGGUGUUAUACUUCAAACACCGAAAAUUAUGCGUGAUCCGGAAACAGGAAAUUCAAAAGGCUAUGCAUUCAUUAAUUUUGCCAGUUUCGAAGCAUCAGAUGCCGCUAUUGAAGCGAUGAAUGGCCAAUAUCUUUGUAAUAGGCCUAUAACGAUUAGCUAUGCAUUCAAAAAAGAUGCCAAAGGUGAACGUCAUGGUUCGGCUGCCGAACGAUUAUUGGCCGCUCAAAAUCCAUUAGCUCAGGCUGAUCGACCUCAUCAAUUGUUUGCCGAUGCUCCACCAACGGCCCCGACAACUGCAGCUGUUGCGGCACCAAUGAUGGCUCCAAUGAUGGUUCCAGCAGCUGCAUCUUCAACCAUUCCAACUAUGCCACCACCACCACCACCGGCAGUCAACAUGUAUUACCAUGGACAAGAAGCAACUGAUCCGGCCGCAACAAUGAAUAUGAUGGCCAUGAAUAUGUUGAAUUGGCAACAUGGUCUUCCGGCGGCAAUGCCACCACCACCACCACCUCCUCCACCACCUAUGAUCAAUCAUCAUCAACAUUUGAUGGCAAUGCCACCACCACCACCUCCUCCUCCUCCUCCUCCAUCUGGUCAAUCGCAACCGGGAGCAUCAGCUAUGAUGGCAAUGGCUCCCCCACCUCCACCACCACCACCACCCAUGAUGAUGCCGAAUGGUCAUCCACAUCCGCACCUAGUACCACCUCCUCCUCCUCCACCAUCACCCUUUCCAGGAGCAAACAUUCAUGGGUUUGGUAUACCUCCUCCACCACCACCCCCUUCUUCGGGUUAAUAAUUAAAAUUGAACGAAAAAAUUGAUUUUGUACAGAAUGGA